AUGACUGAGACAAAAUUACUACAAUCCUCGGCAUUUAGGAAAGCCCUUUCCAAUCCACUAUAUAAAAUCUAUACAGCUAACAAUGAUAUUGACUAUGCAAUAAAUAGAGAGGCAAGUCUUGGUGUUGCUAUCAGCAUCACACCUUCUCUUAGACUAUAUAUUAGAAAUAUUAAAAUAAUUUCAGUUUCAACAAAUAUAUCUAAUAAAGUACAGACUAAAGCAGCACAAUUUAUUCAACAAGCUAAAGCAACAUAUCUAGACUUAAUAGUAGCUAGAGACUUUAAUAGUAACAUAAAUCAACCAAACCAAUCUAAAGUAGUGCCUAUUAUUACUCACUUCUAUCAAUUUGAGGACAAUUGGAUACAAUUUGCCAAACAGAUUAGGGAGAAUUUGAGAAGUUUUCCAAUUUCUAAUCUGGUUGUUAAUAACAGAGAAUUCCUAAACCACUAUACAAAUAUCUGGUACAGUAUAGUAAAACAAGCAGCCAAAAAUAAUAUACUAUCCUCUACCACUGAACUGAAAGUGUUUCAUAUACACUCCUUUAAGGCAGCUCAACUGCAUAGAAGACUAAAAGUAGCAAAUAAAACUUUAGCAAUAUUCAAGUCAGUCUAUCCACUGCUUAUGCCAGAAUACAUAAUAUCACAGAUAAAUAAGGAAUUGAAAACUCUGAGUGACCUAACAGGAAUUCUUACCUUAUUAGUUACAA